CACACACCCCCACCUCUGAUAAGCUCCCAAACCAAACAAAAAAAAAAACAUAUUGGCAUUCAACAACCUUUUUCCUUCAUCGUUGCUGCUGCAGUCAUACUGUUCGUGCAAUUCCACUAUCCAAUUUUUUUAAUUUCUUUUUUCUAGCAUGGCUUCAGGAGCAAAUAUUGAUUACGAUCCAUAUGUAUUCGAGGAUUUCUUCCCAUCAAUGAUUCGGAGGUUGGGAUCAGAAGGGUUCAUGGGGGAGCUAUGCAACGGGUUCUACUUACUGAUGGAUGUGAGCACGGGGCUGAUAACGUUUGAGAGCUUGAAGAGGAACACAGUUCUGAUGGGGCUAGAGGAUCUGAGAGAUGAUGAGCUGAUAUGCAUGCUGGCAGAAGGGGAUUUGGAUGGGGAUGGGGCUCUGAACCAGAUGGAGUUUUGCAUUCUCAUGUUUAGGUUAAGCCCUGGAUUGAUGGAUAGUCCCAAGAAGUGGAAUGGAUAGAUGACUAUGGAGUAAUCCAUAUGCAACCCUAGCUAAUUCCUUUGGUUGAUUGGUUGGUGGUGCAUCUGAUCUACUACUUAUUUCUUUUCAUUUCUUACUUCUUAAUCAUCAUAUUAUCUGAUGUCUAAUAAUUAAUGUCAAUAUUAUCUGAUGCCUACUGAACCAGUAGGCUAAGCCCAUGCGGGCUUAAUAUCUUAAUGUUGUUAAUCUGAUUAGUAGUAUAGUGAGCACUAUACUAAUAAUGUUCAAGUAUGAAGUUCACUGUGUAGUUUGAUUGUAAGUUACAUAUUAUUUAAAUAGUAGAUUUGAAUUUAAAUUU